AUGCAAUAUAAGAUCGGUCAGAAAGUUAUUGUACGUGAUGAACCUGGUGUCAUCAGAUUCAUAGGAACUACGAAAUUUGCUCCGGGUAUUUGGUUUGGAAUUGAACUAACAAAUCCAAAUGGGAAACAUAAUGGUUUUGUACAGGGCAUAAGCUACUUUACUUGUUCCAAAACCGAUGGGCUUUAUGGGGUAUUUGUUAAGGAACGAUUAUUACAAUUAGCUUUUACACCUGGGUCGUCAUCGCCGCUGUCGUUAAUAGAGACUGAAUCUUUUUCCUCAAGCUCAAAUAUAGAUAGGCGCUACAAUAUGGAUAAUGUUUUGACUAGUCCUCCAUCUAAUCAACGAAAUGACGAUUCCAUGGAUUAUGAUAAAUUACAAGCUACUAUAGAGAUGCACCGAAAAGAUAAUGAGUACCUUUGGGGGUUCAAGCUUCAACUAGAGACAAAAUUGGAACAAUUACAAAAAGAAUAUUCGACUCUUAAGGACAAACAUGCAGCUGCGUUGGAAGAGAUUGAAAUCAAUCAGGAGUUGGAAAAAGAACUCGAUAAUAUUGAUAUUGAGAAUUACACUGCACAGGAUCUAAAAAUUCUUAUUUCGAGAAGCAAAGCAGUCGAAGCAUCUUUGCAUCAGUACAAAGACAAUGAACGUCAAAAGGAUAUUGAAAUAGACACAUUGCUUAAAAAGUUGAAUGAAACUGAUGCCAAACUAGCUCAGACAGAAGCGCAACUAUUUUCCAAGGAAUGUGACAUUGCAGCACUAAAAGAAAAGAUAGAAUUUCUAGCCGAUUUGGAGUCGAUGACUGAGCAAUUGUCACUCGAAAACAACAAUUUAAAAAGGUCACAAACAGAGCUCAGAGAAACUAUAAAGGAAAUGAACGAAAUACGGAACUUGGACAAAAACUUAGAAGCCCAUUACGACGCAGUUGAAGAGCAACUAAAGUUGGAAAUAUCUCAACUCAAAGACGAAUUAUUUGCGGAACGUUCAAAGUAUAAAAAUUUAAAGGAAACAAUUGAACAGAGGGUAUCAGAUGGAGCUGGCUCACGUCAAUACUCGGUUGCUCCUCAUGUUCAUAUUCAUUCGUCAACUGGAAGUGGGAAAGAUUUUGAAUUUGAAUUUGGAGAUGGAAAUGGAGAUGAAAAUAUACGCAAAGACAAAUUUUAUUUCCAACAAGAACUUCACGAAUGCGAACUGAAAUUGGCUAAUCUUCAAAUCAAACUUUUACUAACUCAAAAACUAUACAAACUUUCCACUGAAAAAUUUAAAGUGGCUAGCAAGCUUGCUCAACCUGGUUUAAGAAGAGAGUAUCUUGAUUUGUUGUACGCUCUAAAAGAAAAUGCAGUUGUCAUUGAUUCGAUACUUCAACUGGAAGUUCUUGCAGCUAAGCAGCAAUAUGAUACCUUUUUGGUAACAUUUUUAAAAGAUAUUGUAACAUUUGCAAUUACACUCUUGGAAUACAACUACAAAUCGUCAAAAUGUUCAGACUUAUCCACAGAAAUUUCGAGUUUGCACAACUACAUUGAACCUUGUGUAUCAGCUCUCCUGAAUUACAUAAUUGAUAACAACACUGAUCAGUUAUUACAUAACGAUUUGUACAAAAGUAUACUUGAUAGAUUAAUUGAAUGCGCAGCUAUCAUUUGCAAUAUGUGCAGUAAAGUAGAUGAUCUUAUCCUUCAUACGACAGUACAGAUAAGACUAAUCGCCUCAUCCGUUUCAGCCACUUGCAAUUAUCUUGCUAGUACAAACUCGUGGCAGCAAAAUUCAAGCAAUAAGGGAUUAUUUGAUAUUUUCAAAAAGCUUCAACUAUUUCACCAAAGUUUAACUCAAAACUUUUCUCUUGUGAUGAAAGAGGAUAUUGAUAUAUAUUUAAAUGGUUUUCAAACAGAUUCUUGCGCUAUCAUGAAUUCUAUUUUGGUCUUUGUCGACAUGGCUCAUACUGGAACUGAAUCAAUGGAUGACAACGACACGUGCUUAAAAAUUGGAACUUUUAUAAAACAAUUUCCAACUCUGUAUGAAACAACUUUGAGAAAAGUUGAACAUAUUUCUACGUUGACGCAAGACGAUCUAUCCGAUUCAACGCGUUCAAUCACUAACACUAGUAAAUUACUAGAAGAGAAGUUGUUACAACAGGAACAGGAAAUCAAUGUUAGGGGUAAAACAAUUGAAACUAAGCAACAAGAAAUACGAGACCUUCAAUUAAACAUAUCUCUCCUCGAGAAAAAUAUGCGGGCAAUGACCAACAAAUUUAGCAAAGAUAUAUCCACAUUCCGUGACCAGUUAUCGUUAGCUCAAAAUAAAGUUCAACAAAAUCAGGAAGAAAUUUCUCAAUUGCAGACUGAAAAUUAUACUUUAAAGACAAAUUUGAAUGCGGUGGAGGACGGGAUGCUUUUGCAGCCUACAAGUUUGAGUACUCUCGAAUCGCAAAUAGCGUACCAUGAUAAAAUUAAAAGGUUGGAGACACUAAUCGAUUUGAAACAGAAGGCAAAACAGGAAACGGUCAUUGCUACACCUUUAACUUUUCAAAGCAGGAAAAUUUCAUCCAAGCGAUCUUGGAACCGUGCAGUGGAAAUUAAAGUACUCGCUAAUCAAAUUAGAACCCUUGCAAAUCACGUCAAACCGAUGCAGAUUGGCCUAUUACAUCGAAAUGGUGGUAAUAACUCCUGCUCUAGGUCUGCUGCGUAUUCAAGUACAUGCUUUGAGGAGCAGUAUGCAAAGUAUAAUGCUGCAAAGAGGAACCUAAUAAAGAGAUACCAGUCAACUCAAUAG